GCGUGAAAUUAAACUGUUCAGCUACUGGAUCACCGCUGCCAACGAUCGAGUGGAGCAAAGAUGGCCGACCUUUAUCUGUAAACACUACAGUUCRCCAGACCAAUAAAGAAACUAUAGGCGAGUUGGUCAUUGAUUCGUUCAUGCCUCAAGACCAAGGACAAUACAAAUGCUUUUUUAGAAACUACGAGAAUGGAACGGUCGAAACUACAAUAAAAGUCUCUCUAAUGACCUGUGGUGAUCCUGGAAAACCAUUGAAUGGCUAUCGCACUGGUAAUGAGUUCUGGGCUGGAAAUAUGGUAUUCUAUACUUGUGAUCCUGGUUAUUACUUGGUGGGACCAUCCAACCGACUUUGUCUGGAAAAUGGUGCAUGGAGCAACUCCAUUCCAUCAUGCUAUAAGAGCCAAUAUUCAAACAUUCUCAAAAAUCGAACAGACUACUAUAAGUUAAUGAGAGUGUGGCUUGCUCCAACUACAUGCAUGCUAACAAGAUGGGUACCAUGCUACCAAAGCAGACUUCACGGAUGGGCCAGCAGAACAUUCCACGCAAAAUGCGAUGGUAAAGGUCCGACUAUUACAAUCAUCAAAGUGAACAAAUACAUAUUUGGAGGCUAUACAGACGUAAGCUGGCAUACCAAAGGGUCCUACAGCACAUCAGUCAACUCGUUCCUGUUUUCAUUCGUAAACAAAGAUAACUUGAAGCCAUUUAAAAUGAAAGUUUUCAGAUCACAGCAUGCAAUUGAGGGAUAUAGCAGCUGGGGACCAAGAUUUGGAGGCGGCGCUGACAUAGCUAUUUAUAUUAAAGCUGGUAGCAACAAAAUCUCCUAUACGAACCUUGGAAAUAGCUAUGUACUGAUUAAGGGCUACACAUAUGGAUCAACUAAAGCAAGGAACCUUCUUGCAGGAUCGUACAAAUUUCAGCCAGACGAGGUCGAAGUGUUUCGGCAAGAUGGCUUAGAGGUUUAGGUGAAAGAAACUCUGACAAAACACAGGGAUCCCACUUAAUAUAUCGAUGCCGCUUUUGACACAUACGAUAUUUACAGGAAAUAGACCUAAUCGGCUAACGCGCUGCUAUAAACGUUUCGAACCAAUUCAAACCACCCGGUAGUAAGUUUGUGUCUUCGUAUUUUCAUUUCACAGUUGAAUUCUUAGAAACAAAGUUCUUUUUCAGUUACUACAGGAUUUGAAUUGGGUGGUAACGUACAUGACAACGCGUAAGCCGAUCAGGUUUAUGCAUUACAAUAAACCCUUUUAGCGAUCUCUUUUACGCUGUGUUAGCCUCAAAACCAUGUAAUAAAUUCUUUUAUUCACAACAGCCCGUGCAAAUGCAAGAGAUCUGUGAGUAUAGAAGACAAUGGAAAUAGUUUGAAAUCUCACGAGUUUUAUCUAAAUUUCUGAAUAUUUUAGCACACAAUUGAGGCUAACACAGCGUAAAAGAGAUCUCGAAACUCGACUAUUGUGAUAGUUGUGCAAUUUGCAUAUUGAUAGUAAAUGUAUGGAGCAACUAGUUAUCUUUUAAUGUUUCCUUAAUUUUUAUAACGUUUAUUUCUCUCGUUUGAUAUCAAAUUACAUAGAAAUAGCUAGAACUUUUUUUAUAGAAACGUACUAUCACGUGACUGACAUCAGACCAAGUGCACAUUUAGCCAAAUUUAUGCAGCUGUGAUAAAUUUAGAGGCAGAUCUCAAUUUCAAACCAUGCAAGGAAAAUGUGAACAAAAUUGAGAAUUGAAAUUGAAAAAAAAAGUGCCCAGAAGUAACAAAGCUUCUCCCUUCCGUAAAGUUGUUAAUUUCACAGUGAAAAUAACUGAUUCGUUGUAUCUCUAUAUAUUGGAAGUAAAUAAAAGUUUGUUUUUAAGAUAUAA